AUGUCAGAAAACAUACCCGAAUCGAUCCCCGUCCACCGCGACCCGCGUAGCGGCCAAGCAACAAAAAAACGCGCCCUCUCACCACGAAGCAGACAAUCCGCACACCUAGAAGCACUCUUCGCAAACCCAGACAAGCCAAUCAAUCUCCCCUCAUCCUCUACCAACAAACCCUCGACACUACCACCAGAGAUCGUAGCCAAUGUCCAAGGAUCCAGCGCCGGUGCAGGCAGUGGAGAAUUCCACGUCUACAAAGCUAGCCGACGACGAGAGUAUGAAAGACUACGCGCCAUGGAUGAAGAAAAAGAAGCAGAAGAAAAAGAUGCAGAGUUUGAAGCUAGGAGGAAAGAACAAGAGAAGAAGGAUGCGGACAAAACGGAGAAGAAUCGGUUGAAGAGGGAGAAGGCUAGACAGAGGAAGGAGAAGAGUAAACUUGGGCCUCAACAGAAGGGUGGAAAUGCUGAAGAGGGAAAGAAGGAGGAGAAGAAGUUUAAGCCUAAUGUUGCUGUCAAGACGGAUGGGAAGGAUGAGGGCGACACAAGUCCGGUUGUUGAGGAACAGGGUAUUGUGUUCUUGGACGAGGAUUGA